AGGUCUAUACAUUCUUCAGUUAAUAAAGCUACAUGGUUAAUUUUUAUCUCAGAAUGAAGAUUUAAUCGGAAAAAUGCAGUGAAAUGAGUAUGCAAGAGCAGUCAUUGUUAUAGCAUGCCUAAACAAAGUGCCGUAAUUUAGGCAACAUACAGGCUGACUGAAAAUGGGGUAAUAAAUACAAAGGGUACAGAAAAGCAUGAAGCAAUGAAAGAAAGUAAUGAUUCCGAGAAUGCCUUCACCCAUUGCGAACAGGAGGAAAAUGGCUGCAGGGGGAGAGGUACAAUGGUAUUUGUAAUCUGUAGGGGGUGGCAAGUGGUGGCCUAAAAAAUGUGGGUGACAUUCAACCUGACCACUGUUGUCCUUUAGGGUCAAUGUUUUACAGCUUUGGGAGUUCUGUCAGUCUCACUCUGGAAGAUGAGCUCCAAGAGGGAGAAUCCUGUCAGAAAGAGAUCUUCAGGAGCGCAGAAUUGCAGGGUUUUCUGCGCCCAGCUGCUGGGCCAAUGCCCAUUCCGCGCUGUCUGACCAGCCUGGACGUGAUCCCGCCACUUGCCGCACCUUUACAAUGGCCCUAACCUUGUUUGAUACUGAUGAAUACCAACCACCUGUUUGGAAAUCUUACUUGUAUCAGUUGCAACAGGAAGCUCCCCAUCCUAGAAGGAUUACCUGCACUUUUGAGGUAGAGAACAGACCCAAAUAUUAUGGAAGAGAAUUCCAUGGUAUGAUCUCAAGAGAAGAAGCCGACCAGUUAUUAAGUGUUGCAGAGGGAAGUUAUCUCAUUCGUGAAAGCCAACGGCAACCAGGAACCUACACUUUGGCAUUAAGAUUUGGAAAUCAAACCAGAAACUUCAGACUCUACUACGAUGGAAAACACUUUGUUGGGGAGAAACGUUUUGAGUCCAUCCAUGACCUGGUGACAGAUGGAUUGAUUACUCUUUAUAUUGAAACCAAGGCAGCAGAAUAUAUUGCCAAGAUGACAAUAAAUCCAAUUUAUGAACACAUAGGAUAUACAACCUUAAACAGAGAGCCAGCACACAAAAAACAUAUGCCAACCCUGAGAGAUACAUAUGAUGGCAAAGAGUCUACAGGAGAAGAUGAGGUAGCAGAGAAAAGGUUGACAUCACUUGUCAGAAGAGCAACUCUGAAAGAAAAUGAACAUAUUCCAAAAUAUGAAAAGGUUCACAAUUUCAAGGUUCACACGUUCAGGGGUCCACACUGGUGUGAAUACUGUGCCAACUUCAUGUGGGGCCUCAUUGCUCAGGGAGUAAAAUGUGCAGAUUGUGGUUUAAAUGUUCACAAGCAGUGUUCCAAGAUGGUCCCAAAUGACUGCAAGCCAGAUCUGAAGCAUGUCAAAAAAGUGUACAGCUGUGACCUUACAACGCUAGUAAAAGCACACAUCACUAAAAGGCCAAUGGUAGUAGACAUGUGUAUUAGAGAAAUUGAAUCUAGAGGUCUUAAUUCUGAAGGACUAUACAGAGUUUCAGGCUUUAGUGACCUAAUUGAAGACGUCAAAAUGGCAUUUGACAGAGAUGGGGAAAAAGCAGAUAUUUCUGUGAAUAUGUAUGAAGAUAUCAAUAUUAUCACGGGUGCACUUAAAUUGUACUUCAGGGAUUUGCCAAUUCCACUUAUCACAUACGAUGCCUACCCAAAAUUUAUAGAUUCUGCAAAAACCAUGGAUCCUGAUGAACAGUUGGAAACACUUCAUGAAGCAUUGAAACUACUGCCACCUGCACACUGUGAAACCUUAAGGUAUCUCAUGGCACAUUUAAAGAGGGUAACCCUUCAUGAAAAGGAGAAUCUCAUGAAUGCAGAGAAUCUUGGCAUUGUUUUUGGACCAACCCUUAUGCGAGCACCAGAACUAGAUGCAAUGGCUGCACUGAAUGAUAUCCGUUACCAGAGACUUGUGGUGGAGAUGCUUAUAAAAAAUGAAGACAUUUUAUUUUGAAUAUUUUGUUUUGUUCUUUCUAAAAAAGGAAACAACAAUAUUCUGUGGAGGAAGGAAUAUUUUAAUGUAAUUUAACUGGCUCUUGUAGCUGAAUUCCAUAUUUGCUAGAGCUUUUGAUGUAUACAGGAUAAAAAUGAAGGAACUCUGUGUCGCUUCUGUAGUGCCAUUCAGCUGAUGUUGAAAAAAGGUUAACACAUUUUCCAGUACUAGUAAUCCUGGGUGUUUAUCAUGUUUAAAACAAAAAUCUAAAGCUCUAUUGCAUGAUUGGCUUCCUGUUCUCCCUGUUUUGAUGAAGCUCUUUCUGCAAAAGAAACAAGAGAAUUGGUGCAGCAUCUUUUAUAAGCAUCUUUGUUCUGGAUAGUUUGUGAUUGUAAUUUAGCAUGUUUCUCAGUGUAAACCUAUUGUGAAUUUGCUUUUAUGUUCUAUGUAAUUGGUUUCUGAUACUAAAAAAGAAUGAUUUCUGUGAAAUGGGGCUUCUGGCUGUAUGUUGACAUUUCCUAUCAUUCUUUUCCCACUUUCUUGGGUGAUUUCUUCCUGGUUUCUCUCAGUUCUUUUAUCAUGUAGUAGUUUGUUUUGAACAGAAACAAAAUGUGUACUUUGUCACUUUAAGUAAUUCUUCAUGUCUUUUAUCGUGGUUGCAGUAAAAUCUGCAACACUGUACAAUAUUUCCUUUAUUGUUGUUUCAGUUGUAAUUUUGUAUUUUUAUCUGGCAUGCAUAUAUUAAUUUAUUAAAUUUUG